GGCAGAUGCAUCGGAGAUCCUCGGUGCAUCUACAUAUCUACGGUCGUUGUUUAAGGACGAAGGACCGUCUUCGGGACUAUUCGCAGAUCGUUCGACUACAAUUUUCAAAAACCUGGCGCGAUGAAGACGGUGUUCGUCAUCCUGGCACUCGUAGCUGCCGUUUUCGCGGCGCCGCAAAUUAAUCCGAACGAUAUCACGAUCGUGAAGCAGGAGGAGGUGAACAAUAUAGGGGUAGGUGGAUAUCACUUCAGUUAUGAGCAGAGCGACGGCCAGAAGAGGGAGGAGACGGCCGAAUUGAAGAACGAGGGCACCGAUAACGAGGCCCUCAGUGUCGUUGGUAGCUUCAGUUUCAUCGCACCGGAUGGACACACGUACAGGGUCGACUACACCGCGGAUGAGAACGGAUUCCAUCCGACUAUCAAUCUGGUCGCGAAGUAAGCGGGUUCGAGGACUGAGAUUACAUCAUUUUAGGAUUCUACGGACAUGCACGCUCGUGCAAUUACAUGCGCAUUAGAAUACUUGUAAUCGUAUGACACUGCGAGGCACGCGAUUCACCGAAUGCGAGAUACAGCAAAUCGAACGGAACCUCGAUCGCUGGCUCAAAAAUGAUUCGUCUUCAUAAAUUCCGUGACGUCGAUCGCGGUAUUUCGCGAAGGAAGAAAAAAUGCAUACACGUUAUUUAAAAUCAAUGCGAUUACAUAAUUGAGCUGAAUUUGUUAAUACGCACUUCUCUUUCCGAAAUCAAGAGCGAUUCUUCGCAUCUGCGAAUAGUACAUAUAAAAUGUCACGAGUUUAAUUAGCGAAAUCAUUUCGAUAUUUCUUUUUUAUAUUCGUAUCAAGAGCUUGCGAUAUCAUAAUAACGAGAUAUGCAUUCGCAUUUUCCACGAGUGAAACGUGUGCUCACUCGCAAACAGAACAUAUAUAUAUAUAUAUAUAUUAAGUUUUUUGAAACUAUAUUAUUAAGUUUUUCGAACACUUUGAACGAGAGACGUCUUCCGUUUCCAAUUCUAUUUUCCCAGCGAGGGUGACGAUGCAGCACUCAUUGGGGCACCGCGGUACCUGCGUCUUUUACAGGCACAACCUCUUUUUUUUUAUACACAUAUCUAUAUGUAUCUAUAACAAAAAAUAAUUCGUGCAAAUAAACUUAUAUACACAA